AAGUAGACUUGCCUAAUGAGUUGAGUUCAUACCAACUACUUUACACAGCCACCAUGAUUGGUUUGACAAAAGAUCCAAAGGUAGAUGGGCUAAGCUAGUUUUUUUAAAAAGUUUCUUUCCAACCCUUAAGAGAAAUGACUCUAUGAUACUCUGUACCAAGGAUAACAAUUAUAUGACACACAAUACCUAUUUCUGAGAAAGCUGUUGGGAUCAUAAGGGGCUGCCAGUGUCUUAACCAAUAUCUGCAAUUACAUCAAGAUUAAAUCCUGUUAGGGAUCCUGGAGUUGUUACCAGAGAGCACCUGCACAUUGUACAUAUAAAUUUGAUCAUGUUUUAUCAAAGCCCACUGAACAACUAUUAACUGAGAGGGUCUUGGUAUGUGGGAUGUGAAAUUUGUUAGUGAAAGGAGCUUCCAUUUAAAUGUAGUCAGCUCCAGAGACUAAGUAGAAUUAGCAAGAUGGCCAAGAUUGCUUGGGAAGAAUCACCGUAGUGGCUCUCUUGCUUAUACAAACACAGGGCAACUGGGCACCUAUUGAGCAUGGGGAAGAAUGAAACCAGACCACUUUCUGGCUUAAUAAAGGACAUCCUACCUUGAAACCCCUUCAUGUUCAGUCAGGUCACUAAGGAGGAAAAGUAUUGGAUCUCACCUCUUGGAACAUUUAAGUUCAUGUGGCAACUUGGCCUAGUUUUGGUGUCUAGUUAUUAGGUCAAGGAAGCACUGGCCUGAUUGUUACUGUGAGGACAUUUUGUGGACUUAAAUCAUAAAUUGAUUGCAUCUAAGACUGAAUACAUCUACAAGCAAAUGAGGAGAUUGCCUUCAACAACGAGAGAAGUCUCAUCCAAUCAGUUGAAGGCCUUUAAAAGGAGUAAUUAUUUCAGCAUUCAGAAGGGAGAAUUUCCAUCUCUACUUCAGCCAGCCAGCUUCUCAUUGGGAAUUUAUCAAAAACCUUCAGUGGAGUUCCCGUUUACAACCUGUCCUAUGGAAUUUGGACUUGCCCAUCCCCAGAGUCAUGUUUAACAUAAGUAGAACCUCGCUCAUGGAUGGAAGCCACCUAGACCUCCCUAUGUGUUGGACAGAUUCUUCAAUUCACCUUCACCAUGGCAUUUGGAAACAGAAUGCCCCUUCUAGACUGAAGAAACUCUUGGAAUUACUUGGGAAUAAUUGUGAGGCAGCAGCUGAACCCCUAGAAAAAGACUAUACUCCCUGCUCAUUUGACAUAAGGAAGUUGGAAAUGGUUUUAACUUGAAGGAAUAACAGAUUUGAUCUUAUGACUAUCUUAGUUCAUAUUCCUUACACUGGGAUUUUAUCAGCUUUGCCAAAUUAGUGUUCAUUUACAGGAGGUUUAAAGAUGACUCUGAUUGGCAUUUCUGAAAACACCCGAAAAUUUUUAUUUAGUUAACAAUCUACAGUUGUCAAUAUAUAGUACGCAAGUUUUUUUUUUAAAGACUGAUAACAAUGAACCAAAAAAAAAUUCUGAAGGUAUUUUUUUUUUAAAUCAGGAAAACAAAAGCAUCAUUUGCCAGAUAAAUGGCUGUAUCCAAAUCAGAUAUUUAAGGCAGAAUUCUUGAGAAAAAGACAAAGAUCUGGCUUUUUAUGAGGUUUGAGGAUUGGGUCCACAAUUCAUAUCAUUCAUCCUUGAGAUGUGUUUCAUUUGCAGAAUGUUGAUUACAACACUCCAUCUUUUGAUGAAAUUAAGGGAAGCAAUCAUUUCACAAGGAAGUUGCUGAAUAACCUGCUUUCUUGGACAUGUUGUGGCUACAAAUGCUAUACUUGUGCAAUGUUUUUUACUUGAUAAUGGUAAGAAUACAUAUACUAAGAUGCCAGACUUGUUAUUUCAAGAAGAGGAAACAUUUUAAGGACCACAAUAUUCCCAUCAAUGUGUCAUGCAUUCAUUCCCACUGUGGACUUUGGAGUCCGUGUGUUCCACUCUCUGCUCUAGUUGUGUGACCUAAGGACAAAUUACCUAACUUUUCUGAACCUCAGUUUUCCUCAUCUGUUUGAUGAAGCUAACCAUACCUUCCUCGCGGAACUGUUGCAACUAAUUAAAAUAAUACAUAUAAAAGCACUUGGAGGAUGGCAAGUCCUCAACAAAUAACCAAAUGAAUUAUUUAGAAUAGAGGCAGUGGGUUCUGGCCACCAAUUAUAAAAAAAUAAAACAAACAAAAACCAAACAUUUCAUACCUAGUAUAGGUUUAGCGAAUAAAAGUUGCACAAUCGGAGUCAUACCUUCAAUUUGUGCUUUGCCAAAAUGGUACUACAGAAUAAAUGAAAAGAAGAAAAAAGUGAAAAAGGAAAACGAGGGUGAGUGGAGAAAAGAAGAAUUGGUAAGCUAAGUAAAGAGGAAAGGCCAACAGAACUAAAGAAGUUAGAAAAGUUGGAGGUGAGAAGCUGGAGCUACUCCCAGGGGCAGCUUGGGGCGGGGCUUCCAAGGCAUCUACGCUCUGUGUGGGCGGGGCGUCAGGAGGCGGGACUUCCUGUCCUGGGCGUUCCGCUCUCCCUCCGGAAGAUAGGAUCGGCGUGAUUCAUCCCACGGCAGAAAGGGGUACCCCCUAAAAGCCCACCUCACACGCUAAGAUGGCUGAUCCUUGGAAGGAAUGCAUGGAUUAUGCAAUAACCCUAGCAAGACAGGCCGGAGAGGUGGUUCGUGAAGCUCUAAAAAAUGAAAUGGAUGUUACGAUUAAAAGUUCUCCGGCUGAUUUGGUAACAGCUACUGACCAACAAAUUGAAAAAAUGCUUUUCUCUGCCAUAAAGGAAAAGUAUCCAUCUCACAGUUUCAUUGGUGAGGAAUCUGUGGCAGCUGGGGAAAAAAGUGCCUUAACUAACAACCCCACGUGGAUCAUUGACCCUAUUGACGGAACAACUAACUUUGUACAUAGAUUUCCUUUUGUAGCUGUUUCGAUUGGCUUUGUUGUGGAUAAAAAGAUGGAAUUUGGAGUUGUAUAUAGUUGUGUGGAGGAUAAAAUGUAUACAGGCAGGAAAGGAAAAGGUGCCUUUUGUAAUGGUGAAAAACUACAGGUUUCACAACAAGAAGAUAUUACAAAGUCACUCUUGGUGACAGAGUUUGGCUCUUCCAGAACACCAGAGACCAUAAGAAUUGUUCUUUCUAAUAUGGAAAAGCUUCUUUCCAUUCCCAUUCAUGGGAUUCGGGGUGUUGGAACAGCAGCUGUUAACAUGUGCCUUGUGGCAACUGGAGGAGCAGAUGCGUAUUAUGAAAUGGGAAUUCACUGCUGGGAUAUGGCAGGAGCUGGCAUCAUUGUUACUGAAGCUGGUGGAGUGCUGAUAGAUGUAACAGGUGGACCAUUUGAUUUGAUGUCACGAAGAAUAAUUGCUGCAAGUAGUAGAACAUUAGCUGAGAGGAUAGCUGAAGAAAUUCAAAUAGUACCUUUUCAAAGAGACGAUGAAGAUUAAUUUCAACAGCCUCACUUAUACAGUCACAUUUGCUUUUCCCCAGAUUUGAUGACAUAUGGGCGGUGGUACAAAAAAUUAAGACAUCUGUUUCAGAUAGGCAGUGUGUUUGGUUUAAAUUGUCUUUUAUGUUCAGAUUGGAAAAUUGGAACUUGUUCCAUAUUUUACUAAGACUAGGUAUGCAAGAAUAGAUGAAAUGUUUGUUUCAUUGUUUUAAAAAGUUUUAUGGGUAAGAUUUCACUUUGGGAAAAAUUCCGAGGCAAUACAGUGCAUGAGACAGGUAUCAUAUCAACUGGAAUAGUUAGCGAAUUUGAGUUUCUAAGUGUAUAUAGUUCCCUGUAGUAUUGGCUUGCUAUUUAGAUACAUAAGCACUCUUUAAUUAGAAAGUUACCUUUUUGGAAAUAUUUUUUUCUCUUUAGUCCCAAAAGACAUUUUUAAUUAAAUUUGUAAGGGUAUAAUGAGUACCUUUUAGACCAAGGCUCCUCUCUUUACAGAGAACCUUAUUUGUUUUAUUCACAGUAUAUACAUAGCUGUCCAGCAGUACCUGUCAAACAGUAGGCACUCCAAAAAAAGGUGCUGAAAGAAUGAAUAUUUUAAGGGCAGCAUAGUUGCAACAAAUUCAUAAAAGUAGUGAGCUUAUCAUUCCAUACUUUUGCUUUAGGUAUUUUUGAAGAAAAACCUAUCUAGUUAUCCUUUUUAACAUUUUACAUUACAUCCCAUUUUACAUUUCAGAUUUCCGUACCAUUUCACAUUACCAUAUCACCAAUUAUUUCUUAUUGUACAUUUCUGCAAUUAAUACAUUUUCUAAAGCACUGCAUUGCAGUAUUUGUGUGGAUUCACUUUAAAGUGCCCAUAUAAGAGGAAAGAAACUGUUUUUAAAAGGCACUCUCAUCAGGUAUCUGAUAUAAUUAGAUAUGGUAUAUCAGUUUACUAAAUUGAAUAUUUUUGUUUUAAGAUGUUUACACCGAUUUUGUUGUGCACAGGAAACCUGGAACCUGGCAAAUAUACUGUAUCGUUAAUAUUGAACUGUUUGUUUUCUUUCCAAACUCCCUCUUUAUUUCCAGGCUGGAUUUUAUUUUAAAUAUUUCUUAAAAGUCUGUGGCUUAUCAAACUCAGAAAGAAAACUGUACUGUUUCAUAGAUAUUUUUAAAGAUUAAUUUAUUGUUUGGCCUUGUUGCUUGACAUGUGAACAGACAAUUAAGGUUUAUUAUAGGCUUUUGUGAGCCUUGUAUUUGGUAAAAUGGAAAGUGCUUCUAUAAAGUUUUCAAGGUAGGGGGUUAUUUUAUUGUGUACAUCUAAUACAUUAAAGACAUAUGAUACUAAG